AUGCCACCCAGCGAUGCUGACCAGCGACAAUAUCCCGCAUACGAGCCACUACAUAAUGAAUACGACGACCCCGAUAUAUUAUCGAGUAUUACUGAUGCCGAGAUAAGGCAAGAUCUUGAAGGGCACGAAGAUGUGGGGUUACAUGCUGUAUCGCCUUCUCCCAACACGCCAGAUGAGAAUGGUGAGUCAAACUCCGAUACGGCCUCACACUCCCCGACGUUAGGAGAGCCUUCCAACUACAAAGACGAGAAGCUGGAUGGCCCUGAAAUAGUCUCAGCCAGGCGCUAUGCAUCUAGCUGGUUUUGCUGGGAACUUACAGGCAUCAUUGUUUCAGCGGGUCUCCUAGCUGCGAUAAUCAUCAUACUGAAGGUUUACGAUCAUCAACCUCAACCGAAAUGGUGGCACAUCUCCCUAAAUUCGGUCAUCUCUUUUCUCAGUACACUUUCUAGAGCCAGUCUUAUGUUUUCUGUCGGGGAGUUGAUAGGACAGCUCAAGUGGGUUUGGUUUGCUCAGCAGGAGCAACCUUUGUCACAUCUGCGGUCUUUUGACUCAGCCAGCCGGGGUGCUUUGGGGAGUCUAACAUUGAUAUGGGCCUUGCGUGUCCAGCAUUUCGCAGGGGUUGGUGCUUUGGCCAUGGUUCUUGCCUUGGGUUUUGAUCCCUUUUCGCAACUCCUAAUACAUACCUAUGACAAGCUAGUUGUAGACCCAUCAGGGACUGCACUGAUCGGUAAUGCUACCGUAUACGACACCAUAGGACAGUUGGAGUAUGAUAAGGAAACAUCAGUUGCAUACGUCGACCCUGUUCUGAAGGCAAAUGUCUACAAUUCGCUCUUCAACACGGAUCCAACCCGGCCGUGGGCCAUUCCGCAAUACUCCUGCUCCUCAACCAACUGUACCUGGGAUGCGAUCGCUUCGCUCGAGAUGCGGUCUCUUUGCAGCAACAUCACUAGUGCACUAAUAACCAAUUGUUCUAGCUUUUCCAAUGAAUCAGUAUACGCGGGACAGAGCAACUGCAGUGUCACGCUACCAAAAGGCGGGCUCUCGGCCUCGUAUACGCCAGGUGACUUCUCGUUCACUACUUUCUCAAUGAACUCAAUUUUAGGUUAUGAUGCGGUGGUUUAUACCAAUGCUACAUUAAUUGCAAUUCAAUACAUAGCCCCUCGGGCCAAUCUGGAGCUGCUCGACGAUAAACGCUGGUCGAAUAGCACGCAGUGGGAAGCCACCGAGUGUUCCCUGGAGCCCAUCGUGCGCAGCUUUCGUCCUAAAAUCUUCCAUAACCACUACAGUGAUAAGACGCAGGCGAUCUGGAUUCAGCAUAAUAUGACUACAACGUACAAUGUGCAUCAGUCUGCAGGUUUUAAUUUCACCCCGGAAUCAUGGGGUCCUGAUCUUGGUGUGCACCAAAACCCGCAAUCUUUCAUACUCAGUGGUGAUGCCAGAAAAUCGAUAUUUUACUUCCUAACCUCCAUCUUCUCGGGUCAGGCGACGAGGUCCGCGACGGAAAUAUUUUUCGACCCGCUGGAUUCUAGCUGGUAUGCUGCUUCUGAUACGCUCCAGGCGCUGGCCGUGGCAAAUAUUAGUGGGUGCAGUGAGCUUCUUUCCGAACGGCUGUCCUGCGCGAUGGAUAAUGUUGCUGCUGCCAUGUCAAAAACCUUCCGGGAUGCGGCUUACGUUGCUGAUCCCGCAUCGGCCGCCAUGACGACGGGGAGUGCAAAAGUCAGUGAAGUCUAUAUUGUCGUGUACUGGGCCUAUCUGGCCUUACCAGUCCUUGUCUGGACUUUGGGGGCCAUCCUGGUGCUCGGGACGCUCUGGAAGACUCGUCGCGCUCGUGUACCCGCUUGGAAGAACGACACGCUGCCAUUGCUGUUUCUGUAUCGAAAUCAAGAUGAGGGCAUGGAGUUGCCGCAGGGAAGCGAGACUGAACAAGCAAGCCGUCAUGAGUUGGUACGGUUGUAUAAUGACGAGAGUCGAGUGUUUCUUGGUCGGUGUACGGAUAGCAAGUCCCAGCGUCCUUAA